UCUUCUGAUAAAUGCUUCCAACUAAUUGGUUAUCCUAGUAAUUGGAAAGGGCCAAAAGGACAUAGAACUGCUCCUGGUUUUAAACCUAAUCCUAAUCUUAAUAAAACUCAUCAUGCUCAUAUGGCCACUAAUUCCAAUGAACCUGCUCUAACUCCUACCAAUUCAAACAACAACCAACAUGCUCCUUUGGUUACAAAUUACACUGAAUCUGCUCCUAUUUCUGCUACAACUGAUUUCUGUGAUCCCAAUCUGUAUGAGAAAUUUCUGCAAUUUGUUCAAGCUCAACAAUCUAAAACUGCUUCAGCUAAUGUUGUCACCAUUGCUCCUGAUGAUGAUCAAACUGCCUCUUACUGUGACACAAAGUUUUUAGGACCACCUUACCAGCAGCUCAUAGAGUUCUUAGAUAUCUUAAAAGCUCUCCAGAUAUCUACACAAAACCACUUGGAAAUCCACUCUUCAAGCAGUUUGCAGACAAGAUGAACAUGCUGGAUAUUCAUGCUCAUCUUGAGGGGGCGUCUCAAGAAUAAUUAUUUGGGCCUAUUCUUAUUGGGCUACUAAACUGUAAUGGACUGUAUAUAUUUUAGCCUGUUAGAGUCUUUUAGCCCUUUAGUAUAAAUAGGCUUCUUUAAC